CUGUUUCGGGACCCGUGCUUCGUCAGUUAACACUGCUCCAAUUCAACGACAAAGUAUUCAAGAUGCGACACGGACCAACGGUGAACUAACGGUAACGUUACAAGCGGCGUACAGCGGUGCGUUUAGUUCAAACUGGCGCUAACUGACGUUACGAAUCUGGCGUCAGACUAACUUAAUUAACCGUUAUUAAAUCCUUUUUCAAACUCUUAAAUAUUGUGUAUCCAACGGUAACACAUUAGUGAUCGUUUUCUAGAGGAUACCAGAAUGCAAAGUGACAAAGCCGAGCCGAGUGAGGCCAAGAGCGCCGAGUGUGCGAGCACAGGCGACCCGGAGAAGAAAGCGCUGAGCGUCGUGGAGACGGACGGUCUCAAGCCGAAAGGGAUAAGUGCGGUCGCGGUGCUCUGGACGUUUGGGAAAUGUCUGGGCGCUUUGCUGCCCGUCUACCUGGCCGGUUACUACCGGGUCAGCACCAGCCUGUUGGUGUUCGGGAUGAUGAUCUACACGGGAUGGAAACAUGCCCGAGAAGCCAAGGAGACGCGCCUGAGGUCAGCCAUGCAGCUGCUCAACAACGAGGAGGAGUACACGUCCAUGAAAGUGUCCAAAGGCAAGCGAGGCCUCCCGGCGUGGGUCAGCUUUCCAGAUGUUGAGAAGGUUGAGUGGCUGAAUAAGGUGCUGCAGCAGGUGUGGCCAUUUGUUGGCCAAUACCUUGAGAAGCUGCUGGUGGAAACCAUUGCUCCAUCUAUCCGAGCCUCAAGUGCCCACCUCCAAACCCUCAGCUUUACAAAAGUGGAUAUGGGAGACAAGGCCAUGAAGGUUGUCGGGAUCAAGGCACACACGGAGAAUGACAAAGGACAAGUUCUGCUAGAUCUGUAUAUUAGCUAUGUUGGCAAUGUAGAGAUCGACGUUGAGGUGAAGAGAUACUUCUGCAAAGCUGGAGUCAAAGGAAUACAGCUACAUGGGAUGAUGCGGGUGAUUUUGGAGCCCCUGAUUGGAGAUGUGCCCAUAGUGGGUGCGGUCACCAUGUUUUUCAUCCAGCGGCCUAAACUAGACAUCAAUUGGACUGGAAUGACUAAUUUGUUGGACAUCCCUGGACUGAAUGUCAUGUCUGACAGCAUGAUUAUGGACGCCAUUGCCUCCUUCUUGGUGCUGCCCAACCGCCUGGUUGUCCCCCUGGUUCCAGACCUGCAUGUGGCCGAACUACGCUCUCCUUUGCCCAGGGGUGUGGUACGCAUCUACCUACUGGAGGCACAGAAUCUAGCAGCCAAGGACAGCUACGUGAAAGGGGUUAUGGCUGGCUUGUCUGACCCCUAUGCCAUAUUGAGGGUUGGCCCUCAGACCUUCACCUCCAAACACAUUGACAACACAGACUCUCCCAAGUGGGAAGAGAUUUAUGAGGUUAUAGUCCAUGAAGUGCCUGGUCAAGAGUUGGAGGUGGAGGUAUAUGACAAAGACACAGACCAGGAUGAUUUCCUGGGCAGGACCAAAUUGGAUUUGGGCAUUGUGAAGAAAUCCAUAGUCGUCAAUGAUUGGUUCACUUUGAAAGAAACUCCGUCGGGACGGGUUCAUUUCAAACUGGAGUGGUUGUCCUUGCUGCCCAGCACUGAUCGACUAGAGCAGAUCAUAAAGAGGAAUGAAAGCAUCACCAGUAAGACUGCCGAUCCACCUUCCUCAGCCAUCUUGGUUGUAUAUCUGGACAAGGCUGAGGCACUUCCUAUGAAGAAGGGAUAUAAAGAGCCCAAUCCCAUGGUGCAGUUGUCUGUGCAGGACAUCACCAGAGAGAGCAAGACUUGCUACACAACCAAUAAUCCAGAGUGGGAGGAAGCUUUUACCUUCUUCAUCCAGGAUCCUCGCAAGCAGGACAUAGACAUUCAGGUGAAGGACGCUGACCGCGUGCAGACAUUGGGCAGUCUGACCAUCCCGUUGUCCCGUCUGCUGUCCAAUUCUAAUCUGUCUCUGGACCAGUGGUUCCAGUUGGACAACUCUGGAUCUGCCAGUCGCGUCUAUAUCAAAACAGUUCUAAGGGUCCUGUGGUUAGAUGAGGAACGUAUUCCAUCUGAUGCGUCAUCUAAUCUGGAGUCUGGAAUGUCCAGACAGCUGCCCCAGCAGACCUCCCCUCAUCCUAGCUUUGCCACAGAGGGACUGCUUAGAAUUCACCUGUUGGCAGGACAGAACCUUGUUCCGAAAGAUAACCUAAUGGGAGGCAUGGUAAAAGGCAAGAGUGACCCCUAUGUCAAGAUUAACAUCGGGGGCGAAACAUUCACAAGUCAGGUUAUCAAGAGUAAUCUUAACCCCACGUGGAAUGAGAUGUAUGAGGUGAUUCUCACCCAGCUGCCUGGCCAAGACCUGCACAUGGAGGUGUUUGAUAAAGACAUGGACAUGAAGGAUGAUUUCAUGGGCAGGCUGAAGAUCAGUCUGAAGGACAUCAUCAAUUCACAGUUCACUGAUCAGUGGUACACGCUCAGUGAUGUGAAGUCUGGUCGAGUUCACCUGAUACUGGAAUGGGUAAUGACAGCCUCAGAGUCAGACAGAUUGGACCAGGUCCUUCAGUUCUAUUCCAGGCAGUCCUACCAAAAUAAGGCGGUUCCCUCAGCAGGCCUACUGUUUGUCUUCAUGGGGCAAGCGGAUGGCUUACCAGUUAAGAAGAGCGGUAAGGAGCCAAAAGUAGGGGCAGAGGUUACUCUUGGAGAAAUGUCCCGCAAAACAACAGUGUGUGAUCGUACCACAUCACCUCAGUGGAAUGAAGCAUUCUGCUUCUUGGUUCGAGACCCCAGAAAAGAUAUUCUUGUUGCUAAGCUCUCCCACAGCUGGACCUUGCCCAUUGGUUCCCUGGUGGUUCCUAUCAGAGAGCUGCUCUCUGAACCGGAGCUGGUCCUGGACCAGUGGUUCCAUUUGGAUGGAGCCUCACCUGAGAGUCAGGUUCUUCUGAAGGCUGAACUCAAGAUGCUGAUUCCCAGCAAAUGUCCGGGUACCACUGAUAAGGCCAUUGUCACUUCAGCAUCAGACCCUUCCCCGGCUCCAAGAAAACAGGAAAUAGACACAGUGCUUAGGUCAAGUUCAGUGGACGUUCCUCGUGUGGAGACUAUUGUCUCCUCAGUGACCUCACAUGAAGAUGUUGAUGUAAAGGAAACAGCAGCUGUUGUGACUGAAGAGAAGGUGGAAGAACUACCAAGCUCUGCAAUAGUACAACCUCCUCAUACUUCCCCAGACCUCAGCUUUGCCAGUGAGGGGCUGCUGAGAAUCGUCCUGUUGGAGGCCCAAAGUCUGGUUGCCAAAGAUAACAUGAUGGGUGGUAUGGUGAAGGGCAAGAGUGACCCGUAUGCCAAGAUAAGGGUCACGUUGUUGGAGGGAGUUGCGUUUAAGAGUCAUGUGAUCAAGGAGAAUCUCAACCCAGUCUGGAAUGAGAUGUAUGAGGUGGUGCUGAGGCCUCAGGCAGGACAAGAGGUGCAAGUAGAGCUGUAUGACAAAGACAUGGACAAAGAUGACUUCCUGGGCAGAUACAAAAUCAGUGUGGCAGACAUCAUCUGUUCCCAGUACACAGACCAGUGGUACACCCUAAAUGACGUGAAGUCUGGACGCGUUCGCCUGAUACUGGAGUGGGUACCAGCAGUGUCGCAUAAUGACACCCUGGACCAAGUGAUGCAUGUGCAGUCUCUCCAGUCUUACCAGGACAAGACUGUUCCCUCUGCAGCCCUGCUCUUUGUUUAUGUUGACAGAGCACACUCAUUGCCUUUUAAGAAAAGUGGAAAGGAGCCCAAGGCUGGAGCCGAGCUUGUCUUUGGUAAAACAACCUACAAAACCAAGGUAUGUGAUCGCUCCAGAUCACCUCAGUGGGAUGAGGCGUUCCACUUCCUGGUUCGCAACCCUAGAGAGGAGAUGCUCAUAAUAAAAUUGUCGAGCGCGUGGGACCAGCCAAUGGGAUCUAUUGUAGUCUCUGUGAGAGAGCUGCUCUCUGAACCACAGCUGGUCCUGGACCAGUGGCUGCCUCUGGAUGGAGCCUUACCUGAAAGUGAGAUCUUACUGAGGGCUGAACUCAAGGUCCUGAGCUCAAGGAUGACUGAGGCUCCACAGCCUUCUGCGACUGGUUCAAAGAAGGAAGACACGGUUGUUUCCACAGCCAGUGAGGACAAAACAAGCUCAGAGCUGACAGAAGAUGAAUCGAUUGCCGUAUCCAGCCCGUUUAAAUACUCUGAAGCAGAAGAUGCUGCGGCCUCCGCAGAAGAUGCUGCUCCCGCUGAACCAGCUGCCAUUCACACUGCGCUUGAUACAUUCCCUGCUGCUGCACUGGUGGAGGAGCCAACAGAUCCAGAAGAGCAUCCCACACAGUCGGACACAGCAGUUGAAGAAGACUUUGAACCGCAGAAAAUGCAAACAGCGGGUACUGGUUUAGGCAACCUUGCUCAAGCCACAGUGACUAGUCUUCCCACUGACACCCUGGGGCCAGCAGAGGUCACAGAAGUUCUUCAACCACACACAACCCCCAGCCAGGACUUUGGUGAAGAGGGGCUGCUGAGGAUUCACCUGCUGGAGGCCCAGAAUCUGGUUGCCAAGGAUAACCUGAUGGGGGGCAUGGUGAAGGGCAAGAGCGACCCCUAUGUCAAGAUCAACAUCGGGGGAGUUACAUUUAAAAGUCAUGUCAUCAAGGAGAAUCUGAACCCAACAUGGAAGGAAAUGUAUGAGCUGGUUUUGAGUGGGCGCAGCGUUCAGGAGAUCAAGUUUGAAGCAUUUGAUAAGGAUUUAGAUGCUGACGACUUCCUUGGCAGAUUCAGUAUUAAGCUAAAUGAGGUCAUCAGAUCCCAGUACACAGAUCAGUGGUACACUCUGAAUGAUGUGAAGUCUGGCCGGGUCCACUUGAUUCUGGAAUGGGUUCCUACAGUGUCAAAUUCAGUCAGACUUGACGAGGUCCUGGAGCUUCAAUCUCUCCAGUCUUAUCAAAACAAAGCUGUCCCCUCCGCUGCUCUACUUUUUGUCCACUUGGCGAGAGCACAUUCAUUACCUUUGAAGAAGAGUGGAAAGGAACCCAAAGCAGGAGCUGAACUUGUUUUGGGUGAAACAACCUACAAAACCAAACUGUGUGAGCGCAGCACCAAUCCUCAGUGGAAUGAGUGUUUCUACUUCCUGGUCCAUGACCCGAAACAUCAGAUGCUUGUAGUAAAGUUGUCCAGUGGUUGGGACCAGCCAAUGGGAUCACUGGUGAUUCCUGUGAAGGAGCUGCUUGCAGAGCCACAACUGGUCCUGGACCAGUGGUUCCAUCUGGAUGGAGCUGCACCUGAGAGUCAGAUCCUGCUGAGGGCUGAUCUCAAGGUUCUCCAUUCCAAAAUGGUGGAUAUGAUCAGUGCAGGGACUCUGCCGUGUGCUGCCUCUGGAUCUGGGCAGGUGAAGUUGUCUCUUUCUUACGCCUCGCAGGAGAGACAUCUCAUCGUCAUCGUCCAUGCCUGCAGAGGUCUGUUGUCUCAAAGUAAGGACGGAGUAGACAGCUAUGUGUCCCUCAUGCUGCUGCCAGACAAAAGCAAGGCCACCAAGAGGAAGACGGCCGUGAAGAAAAGAGACCUCAACCCAGAAUACAAUGAGAGGUUUGAGUACGAUCUGUCUGUGGAUGAGACGAGGUUCAAACGCCUCAUUGUAUCAGUGAAGAAUAACUCGGCCUCGUUCAGGAGCCGCGACAUUAUUGGACAGGUGCAGAUCGAGUUGGCCCAGGUUGACCUGAUUUCUGGUGUCGCAGAAUGGUUCACCCUGAAAGAUGAAGCUGAAUAGUCGUUCUGCUCACUAGUGUCAAAGUACAACGAUGAUGUCACCGCUCAACCUGGCAUUGUGCCACUGCUGCAGCUCACAAUGAUGCCUUCUCCUUCCCACCUCUGCAAACAGUACCACCGUGGCAGCCUUACCUGCAUUCACCCGGCUCUCCAUGUGUUACCAUAUAGUAUAGAAUUGGACUGCACAGUAUAUUCACAUACAUCGAUAAGAUAAGUAGGCUGAUGUAGCUAAGUUGACAAGGACAGAGGGAAAGUUCGUAUUGACUGAAGGUUACUUUACGAUAUGAAGAGAUAAUAGUUUUAGGAUUGAGUGGAGCAAGUGAAGGAUGAACAGAUCCAGAAAGAAUGAAGUCAUAUUUAGUUGUUUUGUUUGCUUUUCUUGGUGCAAGAAUGUUUUAGAUCUGAGAGUAUCUUGUCUGAAGUGCAGUUUUUUGGGUUCUGUUUUAUGACAGGCUUACAUUGAAGUUAUUCUAUAUUUCACAGCACCUUGCUAUGUUUGUGUUUGAAAUUGCUUUUGAAAAUCAUUUUUAUACGAUUUUGUUUUUUACAAGACAUGUAUUAGUUACACUGAUGUCACAAUUAUAUCAUGUUUGAUUUUGUGUAUAUUUGCAAAGAUUUUUGAUAAGUUCCAAUGCUGUUUGUUGAAAGAUGGUAUGACAAAAAUAGAGAUUUUGCACACCUCA